AUGUGUGAAGUAUUAAUUUUGAUGCUAAAUGCAUUCUAUCGUGUCUAUUAUCAAUUAUUCGAUUUAUGUGAACACACACUUAUUUCAAUUCUUAUUCUUCUUGUUGUUCUAAUAUGUUUCAUUCCGGGACUUUUCACUAUGAAAACUGUGAGUUUCUUAUCAACUUACAAUAAAAUAUAGACUGAAUUAUAAAAUUGUGGUUCUUGGAAGAGAUGGGCUAGAAGAACUAAUAUGUAUUAAUAAAUGAUAAAAGGAUUCGACAAAGUCUACUGUAGAUUUGGUUUUUGAAGACUUUUCCAUGUGCAUUUCUCCAUAAAAUUUUCGUAUCAACAAAAUGCAAUUGUCACAUGGGGAUACACUUUUCUGAAAAAAAUUUAAUUAUUUUUAAUUUUUGGAAAGCUAUCGGAAAAAUAUUGAGUGUUUUUUUUUCAAAAAUUUUCUACAUCUGUUUUUUUUUCAAAACUGAGCUAUCGAUAAUCCUCUUAUUACGUCAAAAGUAUAUAUUUGUUUUUUUUUUACAAAUCCGAACAACCGAAAGCUUGCACUUAUUUUUUUCCUAUUUUCUCACAGCUUUGCUUGUUUUUUCAUCUGAUUUUUGUUUUUAUUCCAAUUCCUAUUCUAAUUUCUCUUUUUUUUUCGGAAAUUUGAGUGAAUUCUCUGUGUGUGUUUUCCCAGAUUAUCUGAAAGGCAAUCCAAUCCACCAAAAAUUGCAACAAAUUUCCCAUUUUUCCCAAUGAAUUUGUCUAUCUUCCAAAGAGGAAAAAACUAAUCCCCAUUAUUUGUGUCAUUUUCAGAUUUUUCCUCCUCCAAUGUUCAUGUUUUUCUCGCUUGUUUAGCGCAGUGCUUUUACUUGAUUUGUUCGCUUAAUUUUCAGCUGCCUGCUAAAUUUCUGAAACUUUUUUUCACUUUUAGAAAAGAAAAACUCUGAAUUUGCAUUCUUCUCACAAUUUUUUUUCAAUUUAAUUCGCUGUAGAAAAUACGUAUUUUUCAAAGAGACAUAAAGGGCAAUAAAUAUUCAGGAUAUUUCAAAUUCAAAUUUAUUCCGAACACAGAUUUUUGAUUUUUUAGUUUUUAUUCUCAAUUUUUCUUUGCUCUCAUUUAUUUUUGGGAAAAACAUCUCACGUCAUUUGGAACAAUUAUUUAUUCUGUAUCCAAUUUUCGGGCAGAAAAAAACUUGUUAAGGCUGAAUUGUUUUUUUCUAGAAUUAUUGUAUUCAAUUAUACUUUUUAUAAAUUGGAUAAAGUUAUUUUUGUUUAUUGAAAAUAUGCGGGGAGGCGGGUUAAAUAAAAAUAUGGUUAUUUUUUGUAAGUAAUGUAUUUGAUUCAUUUAAAAUUAAUUUUUUUUUUAUAAAAAAAAAUCUGGAUUUCUGAAAUCAAAAAUUUCAAAAAUCAAGCUAAAUUUUUCUGGAAUAGUUUGAGCCCUGGUUUUUUCAGUAAUCUGUGGGAAUUUUAGUAAUCAAUAUUUCAAAAAGACCUUUUUCAGUUCAGUUCAUUUCAUUUUUCCAUUUCUAAAAAAAAUGUGGGUGAAUCCUAUUAGUCAACCUAUUACUACCAUUACUACUAAUGCAUAUGUACACAAAUAGAGAUCACAUAUAUGCACAUCACAUCACAUCUUUUUCCCUUCUUCUAUUUUUCUUCUUCUUCUUCUUCCAACUAAUUCUUCAUUUGCACAUUUUCCGUGUAUUCCACAACACAAUAAUUGAGGCAGUCCGCCCAGCUUUUUUUGUUGAUUUUUUAUUUUAUUUUACGAGGGUUCAAAAAUUCAAAGACAUUUAUAUUUUUAGCUCUUCUCGUUUUUUUCUUUCAUCUCAUAAUAAAUUAUGAUUUUUCCUGCUUCGUUUUCUUCUUCUUUUUUUUCCGCCCGCCGAUAUCUCGAAACGUCUCAAUUUCCUUUUUUAAAAAUUCAAGAAAAAUUAUUAUUUAUUUUUUGUGCUUCCGGCAUCGAGUUACACCAUUUAAAAUGCACCGUCGCAGAAUAUGCCGCAUUCUUUUUCGUUUUGUUUUUGUCUUUUUUUUGUGAUUCGUAUUUUUUUCGGCUUUUUUUGGCAAGAGUAAACCUAUAAAUUAUUCAAAUUGACUAGAUUCCUUUGGGUGGUAUUUGUUUGGGCAAAUUAUUUUUGGGGAGUACUGUAGUUGGCCCAAUUUUUGAAAAGCAGGGAGGGAAUUUUGAAAAACAAUUUUGAAAAAAAGUUUUGGAAAAAAUGGGAGUUCUGAGAACUAACAGUAAGUUCAGCUUCUAAUUUGAAAGUGAGUAUUUUCUAGAAGAGUUCAAAUUUUUAGGAUUUUAGCUAAAAAAUUUCAACAAGAAAAAAAUACAAGGAGUUCAGUUUUAAUAAGUAAACCUCUAUAUUCUUCUGGUUCCUGAAAAAAUAAUAUCCAAUGAUAUAAUUUCAAUAUUUUCAGGAAGAACAGCGCCCGCUGUUUACCAUCGGUGUGCUCGUUUGCGGCGUGGUCGGCGGCCUGACCGUCGUCAUCUCCGUUGUUUACCUCUAUCGAUUCUGUUUGAAGAAAAGGAAUCCAGUUAGCACGUGAGUUUUCAGUAGAAAAUGAGUGAAGUUCAAAACUGACACACACAAAUCUUUUUUUUUCAGAACUGGAAAUCCAGACUUCAAGAGGGAACACAUUCGGAGUGUCGUCGUUGGUUUGAGCCGACCAUUGCCAUUGCCGCCAGAAUUUCUAACUUCAUCAACUCCAAAACACACAUCAACAACAAGUCUAGCAUUUGAAGAAGAGAAUAAUGGAGAUAUUGAUACAAAUCGAUCAAUUGUUCCACUUCUUGUUUCAAAUGAUUCGAAUUAUGCAUUAAGAUUGUCACAAAACACUUAUAAUAGUGAGUUAUAAAAAGGGGGAUUUGAUGAUCAGAAAUUCCGGGAGAAAAAGAUAUGAAUUUUCGUCUCGAGAAAAAUGCAUGAAUUAUUCAAUGAGACUGAAAAGAACACCACAUCAGACUACAUAUGUUUUAACCUUUUUUUGUUUAGAAAAUAGAACUCGAAGUAUAAUUGUAACGGUAGAUCAAACAAAUUUUUUCUAUAAGCAUCUCACUUCUCCACCUAAUUCUGUUCUAGUAAUUUCUUCGAGACGCGGGAAAAAUUUUCGAUACUUAAAAUUUAAAACUAGUUGCUUCCAGACCAAAAAACAAAAAAAUAAAAGUAAAAAAAACGACACUGCUUAAUUUUCACACACUGUCUGAGCGGAGUGUCGUUAUUUUAUUUUUACAAGAUUGCGCGUAGGAUUUGGUGUUUGCGGGUAGUCGGUGUUGACGCACACUCUUAUUUUUCAUUCUUUCUUAGAUUUUUGGAUACAUUUUUUGAAUUGUUUUGUCUUUAAAAUUAAUUUUCAUGAAAUCAAAGAACGUUUGAAAUUUCCGGUCUGAGUAUUUGCACUAAUUUAAUAAUUUUUCGAUGAAUUAUAAUUUUUGGCCAAAAAAACAAUUUAUCUCGGGAUGUUUUUUGAUUUUUGAAUUGAGAUCGAGAAGAAAAAUUAGAUAGAUUUCUGGAAUAUUCAAUUACUGUAGUUAAUUUCGGGAACAUUUUUUUUGGAAUCUGACCGAAACAUUUCAUAAAUUAUUUUUUCCGUAACGUGACCCUCUGUUUCCAAAUUCAUUUCAAAAAUCUCAUUUUGCAGCAUUGCUAUCUGUUUCACCUGCUCCAACACGUGCUCAUUCAACCGAACUUCUUCAACCCGAUCAAAAUGCUUCAGAUGAUGCGCGUCGAAGUUCAUUUGAAGUUCAACGUGGAAUUGGAAGACAAUUGCCAAGUACACAAGGACUCGAGGUUGGUUCAAUAUUUUUUAUUUGA